CGUAACUAAGGACCCGUAGCAAAACAAAUCGGGGAAUUUUAUUGAUUUUCCGAAUUUUUCAGAAAUGCGACCAAAAUAGAUGCUAGUCAGCAAAAAUUGAGAAUGGAAAAUAAACUUGCAGAAAUGGAGUCGGGUGAGGUGGAAAACGUGAGAGUGGUCGUCCGUGUGAGACCAAUGAACGAGAAAGAGUCCAACUCAGCUUUCAAAAGUAUUGUGGACGUUGACUCUGUUACCAACACUGUGAUUGUCCUCAACCCUAAUGCACAGGCUGGAGAACCACCCAAAACUUUCACGUUCGAUUUGGUAUUCGGGCCAGACUCCAAACAAUUUGACAUCUAUAAUCAAACUGCAAGGCCAAUUAUUGAAAAGGUGCUUGAAGGAUACAAUGGCACAAUUUUUGCGUAUGGCCAGACUGGAACUGGAAAAACCUUCACCAUGGAAGGAAUCAGAAAAGUUCCAGAGAUGAAUGGAAUUAUUCCAAACUCAUUCGCUCACAUCUUUGGGCAUAUUUCAAAAGCAGGGGAUAAUGUGAAAUUUUUGGUUCGCGUCUCUUAUUUGGAAAUAUACAAUGAGGAGGUGAGAGAUCUUUUGUCCAGUGAUCAAACAGCAAGACUCGAAGUGAAAGAAAGACCAGACUUUGGUGUUUACGUUAAAGAUUUGACCACUGUUAUGGUCAAUGACACUGACCACAUGGACAAAAUCAUGACCCACGGCAAUAAAAAUCGAGUUGUUGGCUCGACAAACAUGAAUGCGCACAGUUCACGUUCGCACGCAAUUUUUUCAAUUACGGUGGAGUCGAGCGAGGAAGGACCAGAUGGGCAACAACACGUUAAAAUGGGCAAACUCCAUUUAGUGGACUUGGCUGGUUCUGAGCGCCAGAGCAAAACUGGAUCUACUGGUCAGCGAUUGAAAGAGGCCACAAAAAUCAACCUGUCCUUAUCCACUCUGGGAAAUGUGAUUUCAGCACUAGUCGAUGGCAAAAGCACACACAUUCCGUACAGGAACUCCAAACUUACCCGCCUGCUUCAAGACUCACUUGGCGGAAAUGCAAAGACAGUCAUGUGCGCCAAUGUUGGUCCAGCUGAUUAUAAUUAUGAGGAAACUGUGAGCACUCUGCGUUACGCGAACCGUGCUAAGAAUAUCAAGAACUGUGCUAGGAUUAAUGAAGAUCCGAAAGAUGCCUUGUUGAGAAUGUGCCAGAAGGAAAUCGAGGAGUUGAGAAAGCAGCUUCAGGAGGCUGGAAUCUCAAGUGACUCGGAUGGAGAUGAAGGGGAGAAAAAGAAAAUGAAAAAGAGAGGUAACAGUUCUGUAGAAUUGUGGAUACAAAUAAAUAUUGAUUAUGGACUUUUGUGAUCAGGUGAAUGGGCAGCAGAAAUGCAGGCAAGAAUCGAUGCCAACAGACAGGCACUGGCUGAGAAAAAUCUCACCGAGGAUGAGCGAAAGGCGUUGGCAGCUGAGGCUGACAAGUAUGAGGGGGAAUUGAAGAAAACACAGGGCGAGCAGAACACUCUGAAAGAAAAGCUACACAAUUUGGAAAGAAAAAUUCAUGUUGGCGGGGAGAAUCUGCUGGAAAAGGCUGAGGUGCAAGAAAAACUGCUUGCAUCGGCAGCCCUUGAGUUGGAGGAGAGGAAGAAGCAGGAGCUGCGUCUACGGCAGGCGCUCGAGCAGAAAGAGGCCGAGAGACUGGAUAUUGAAGAGAGAUACUCCAGUCUGCAAGAAGAGGCAGCUGGAAAGCAGAAAAAGCUGAAAAAGGUUUGGAGUCUGUUGCAAGGUGUGCGGGCUGAGAUUGCAGAUGUCCAACAAGACCACCAACGAGAGAUGGAAGGGCUUUUGGACAAUGUUCGACAGCUCAAUAGAGAAUUGCGUUUGCAGUCCUUGAUCAUUGACACUUACAUUCCUCCAGAGUACCAAAUGAUGAUUGAGAGAUUUGUCCACUGGAAUGAGGACAUUGGAGAGUGGCAGCUGCGAUGUGUUGCUUACACUGGAAAUAACAUGCGGAAACAAAUCCCCUUUAAUGAAACCAGCCAUGAAAAUGAUCUCGCAGAACCCAAUCUUUCUAGUCUAUAUUUGAGCUACUCAACAGACAGAGUGACUCAUGAUAGAGACAUGAUGAUGUCAAGUGGAUAUUCAAGCAGCAGUGCCAGGAAGCGCUGCGCUCGAUCUGCAGUCAGUCGAUCAGCGCAUUCUUCUACAUACCAACUGGAGCAAAGUUCUCAUCACGGAAAUCCCACUGCAUCUACGUCCAGCAGUGCUAGACCAAAGACCUCACGCCGAUAAUUUUAUUGAUCUUAAUUAUUUUCUGGAUGUAAUAUGUAUUACUUACAUCAAGAAAGUUUGCGAUAUUUAAAUAUACAAGUAAUAAUAAUUCAAGUCGCAUAUUUUUUUUGGCUCACAAAUGGAAUAUUCAAUAAAACAAAAUAAAUAUUACUUU